AUGUGCAUUCGUUCGCCGAUUUUACAACACAACGGAUGUUGUGUCGCUGCUCCGCGUUGUUUUCGUCUAAAAACUCGUAAUUAAUACACGAAACACACUAGAAAAAUUCUAAUAAAUGCUAACUAAUAGUUUAGAGUGAGUGGAAAACAAUUGGAAACGAAUAUCAAAGAUAUUUACGUGAUUAAAGAGCCGUUUGUCGUGUUUCCCGUCCGACUGUCUCGCAGAAUGCGCGUAGAAAGACAGAAGGCGCGCUAAAGGCGCGUGGAAACGCACAAAUACACAAAAAUGUAAAUAAAUAAACGUGCAGAGUACUAACAAAUGUGAAUAGUUAAGAAAAGUCUGCGCCCGGCCCUUAAAACUCUACUGAAAUACACAAGAAAAUCCACCAUUUGUAUGGACGAGGCACGAUUUUAGGACUGUUUUUAUUCGAGUUCUUAUAGCGCAGCGAGAGGAACUAUGUUUGAGUGGGUCUCCCCAUCGAUUUGUGUGAGGUUGCGGCUCUCCGAUAACCGCUUGGAUUCGAUUCGAAUCUUUUCAUCGAUGUCCUAGCUCUUAUUCUGCACUGUGUUCGCUUGGGAUCCUUUGGGUAAUGGAACAUGCAUCCCGGGGAUAUGCAUAAGAACGUUUCAGUACAAGUUGAUAGUGAUUUUGCCUUAUUGCUACCCAGCGGUGUUUAUGAAAUCAAGAAAAUGGAACCACGCUCCAAAAUACGAAAAAUCAUUGUAUUUUGUUUAUUCCUCGCCAUCGCAGGCAUCAUUGGUUUUGGAUACUUUUGUCAAGAUCAGGUAUGCGCCCUAUCCAAACGCGCCGUGAUACUUCAGUCUUCGGAUAUACUUGCCUAUAAUGAGCUCCCACUCCAUCAGGCCAAUAGCAUUUCCAGCAACAACAACAACAACAAUGCGAACAGCAACAAUAAUGUGGCCAUGGGUGGCGGCAUCACGGCAAUGGCCUCGAAGGCAUCUGCACCGCAGAACAUCAUCGCCAAUGCCGGACUGAGCUACGAGGAUGUGCUCAACGAUGAUUUCCAGUUUGAUAUGGAUGGUCACGAUGUGAUGGUCUUUCUGCACAUACAGAAAACGGGCGGCACCUCUUUUGGCCGCCAUUUGGUCAGGGACUUGGACCUGAAGCGGCCCUGCGAGUGUCAGCGACAGAGAAAACGCUGCUAUUGCUUCCGUCCGCAUCGGAACGAGAACUGGCUCUUCUCGCGCUACUCCACGGGCUGGAAGUGCGGCCUCCAUGCCGACUGGACCGAGCUGACCAGCUGCGUGGACGUGGAGCUGGACAAGAACGAGGGCGAGACGGCCAAGCGUCGGUACUUUUACAUAUCGCUGCUCCGCGAGCCCAUCUCCCGCUACAUGUCCGAGUACCGCCAUGUGCGGCGUGGUGCCACCUGGAAGGGUUCGCGGCACUGGUGCCUGGGGCGACAGGCCUCCGCCAAUGAGCUGCCCGCCUGCUACAAGGGCAAGGACUGGCUGGACGUGGAUCUCGAUCAGUUUGCCGGCUGCGAGUCGAAUCUGGCGGCCAAUCGGCAGACCCGCAUGCUGGCGGAUCUUGCACUGGUCGGCUGCUACAACAAAUCCUCGAUGCCCGCCCACGAGCGGGAUCGGGUGAUGUUGGCCAGCGCCAAGCGAAAUUUGGCUGCCAUGGCCUACUUUGGACUGACUGAAUAUCAAAAGAUGUCCCAAUAUAUAUUUGAGGAGACCUUUAACCUGCGCUUUGCCAUACCCUUUGAGCAGCAUAAUACCACCAUUUCAGCGACAGCUGUGUCCAAUCUGCGAGCGGAUCAGAAGCGUCGCAUCGAGAAGCUCAAUGGCCUGGACAUUGAGCUCUAUGUCUUUGCCAAGAAUUUGCUGUUUCAACGUUUUGAACAUCUGAAGGCAAAGGACACCAACUUCGAGCAGCGGUAUGCUAAUCUGGGGAACAUCUACUUCAAGCAGGGCAUCACGGAAUUCAAUUGGGACAGCAACGUGGAUGAUGCGCUCAGCACGGAUCAUUGAACUCGAAACCAAAUAUUAAUGUUUAGCAACUAGAAUAUAGUCAGACACCAACUCAACAAAAUAUAUUAAAUAUAAAUAUAGGUAGCUGGAGUGGAUGGCUGAAGCAUAAACACAACCGAAGGACUUUACACUAGCGUCUAAGGAUUAAUGUUAAUUGAGCAGACAAAAAACACGCUAAUCGUUUUGGCUUGUCUCGCCUUAAAAUAUUGCUAAGAGCCCCUACAAAUAGUAAAGCAAAAUCUCUGUGCGCGUAUUAUAAAUUUAAACCUAAGCUACACCUCGAAAUCUAUGACCUAACCGUACAUACUCCUUGCUGAUAAGUCGCUCGCACAUCACACCACAAUAAAACCAUCAGACGAAUUGUAAAUAAUUUUGCAUAAUGCAUAAUAUAAUAUGAAAUAUAUUUUAUAAAUAUAAAUCGAGUUCUAAGCCCAGCUGUUGUGAGCCAGUGUGGGAUGGAAGCAAGGCAAAAACUCGAAUAGAAUGUACACUGUCACAGCGCAUCGACUACACGCCAUAAACUAGAUUAAUUAAUUAGUUUUAGCAUAGUUCUUUUUGUUGUAUUGUUAAAGCCAAGUCUCUGCAAAGCCAAAUCCACACUUAGUCUAAGUACGUAGUGCUUGGAAAAUAUUUUCGAUCCAACAACGCAUUUAUUUUAUUUAACCGCUUAGACAACCACCUCCCCCUGUAAAUACCGCAGAAUGCCCUUCAAAAAAGGAUUCUAAAUAAAAACCAAAUUUAAUUUUAACACUAGUAGAGAGUAGCGCACGUAGCUGCUAAUUCUUUUUUACCAACUACGAUUAUUGUUUUUGUCAGACAAUUGGAGAGCAAAGUGAGUUUGUUAGCUGACAUAAUUGUUUCAGACAAUAAUUGAUUGGAGAUCGACACCAAACGAAAAGCGAUUAAAGCGAUGAAUGCAACAUUUGAAUAAACAAAGCCAACGAAAAAUAUAUACAACAAAGCCAAUUGCCUAAAUCGAAACAAA